AUGGUUGCUGUAAAAACCCUUCGGGCGAAUGUGCCUCAGAAAGCACAUCAAGACUUUCUAAAGGAAGCCUCAACUAUGGAAACCUUAUCGCAUGAUAAUGUGAUCAAGUUAAUCGGAGUUAUUACACAAUCGGAGCCAAUGGCAAUUGUGACCGAGUUUAUGAAAUACGGUUCACUGGAUAAGUAUUUAAACAAAGCAGGUAAAGUGAUAAAAUGCAAGCAACUUCUUCAAAUGAUAUUGGACAUUUGUGAAGGCAUGAAAUAUGUUUCUGGACUUGGAUAUGUUCACAGAGACUUAGCAGCUCGCAAUAUUCUUGUGAGUGAAACUAUUGUGUGCAAAAUUUCGGACUUCGGUUUGGCGCGAAGUCUUGAAGAUGGCUUCACUGAUGACAUAAACGCAUUCAAGGAAGGCAAAGUUCCCAUUCGCUGGACGGCUCCAGAAGCGGUUCUCUAUCGGCGUUUUAGCCCCGCUAGUGAUGUGUGGUCAUUCGGUAUUGUGAUUUGGGAGGUGUUCACAUACGGUCAAAGACCUUAUUGCGAUUGGACCAAUCAGACUGUGAUCAAUAUGCUGGAAUCUGGAUAUCGACUUCCUGCACCGGACCAAUGUCCACUGGGGUUACAAAACUUGAUGCUUGAGUGUUGGUCAGCAGACCCUACUACAAGGCCAAACUUUAAGCGCAUCGCUGAUGAGAUCGCGUCACUGAUGAUGACAGAGCCAGAGGUCCUUUCCUCCGAUACCACUAUGAUCUUUCUGCGUAUAUUACUUUUUAUUGAACGAAUUUAA